CAAUUUAAACACAAGGUCUUAACCGUAAUUACAUCUUCUUUAAAGACUUUAAAUAGCAUGACUUGAAGUUCUCCUAGAAAGUACGAUCAUCAUUCUCUAGCUCCUUUCUAGUAAAACUCUUAUUCACAAAAUUUUCAUAAAAAAAAAUAAGAAACACAUUAUUUGACAAUGGCCGAGAAGAGCAAGAUUUUGGUGAUCGGAGGCACAGGAUACAUCGGGAAAUUCGUUGUCGAAGCGAGCGCUAAGGAAGGCCACCCAACAUUCGCUCUUGUUCGUAAUGAGACACUCUCUAACCCUGCUAAGGCUUCCAUUAUUGACAACUUUAAGAGUUUAGGUGUCAAUUUGGUCUCGGGAGAUGUUUAUGAUCACGAAAGUUUGGUGAAAGCAAUUAAGCAAGUAGAUGUGGUAAUCUCGACUGUUGGGUACCUUUUGUUGGCGGAUCAAGUGAAAAUUAUUGAUGCAAUUAAAGAAGCUGGUAAUAUUAAGAGGUUCUUCCCCUCGGAGUUUGGUGUGGAUGUGGAUCGUACGAGUGCUGUGGAGCCUGCAAAAUCGACAUUUGCAAUUAAAUCCCAAAUCCGGCGAUCAGUGGAGGCUGCUGGAAUUCCCUACACUUAUGUGUCAUCCAACAACUUUGCUGGCUACUUUCUCCCUAGUUUCUCUCAGCCUGGAGCCACUGCUCCGCCAAGAGAUAAAGUUGUCAUCUUGGGUGAUGGAAAUGCUAAAGCGGUUUACAACAAGGAAGACGACAUUGGAACCUACACCAUUCGAGCAGUGGAUGAUCCAAGGACCCUAAACAAGAUUCUGUACAUCAAACCUGCUGGUAACAUAUUGUCUUUCAACGAGCUUGUUUCGUUGUGGGAGAAAAAGAUUGGUAAAACUCUUGAGAAAGAGUACAUUCCUGAAGAACAAGUCUUGAAGAAUAUCCAAGAUUCUCCACCUCCAGUCAAUGUCAUUUUGGCUAUUGGACAUGCUGUAUUUGUGAGGGGUGAUCAGACUAACUUCGAGAUCGAGCCAUCGUUUGGAGUCGAAGCUUCUGAACUCUAUCCUGAUGUCAAAUACACCUCUGUGGACGAAUACCUCAACCAGUUUGUUUAGGAUUUGAAACAUCUUGGCAAUCAAUUUUCCAAGGUUUAUAUCUAUUCAAGAUGCAAGUGUUUCUCCUACCUAAUUAUAAACAGAAAACCAUGAAGAAAAAAAAAAUGAAUUAAGGGAUCAAAUUUCUCAGCUUUCUUCCCUUUGUAUUAUGAACUAUGAUCACUUGUAAUAUAUGAUGUAGCUAAAUAAUAUAUCCACCUGGAUGUAAUCAUGGAAGUGUGAUGGAACUAUAUAUUUUGUGCAUUAGAUA